GGCGCGGAGCUGGGCUGACGGGCAGGCGGUAGGAACAGCGCGGCAGGAGCGGCUUCGCACGGCUGGUGGUCCCCUGUGGGUGGGUGCGGCAAGCCUCGGCUGGCCUUGUCCGCGGACGGGGCAGGCCGCCCGGGGCGGAUGCGGCGGCCGCUGCCCUCGGACCCCGCGACGGCCCCCGGCCGUGAAGACGAGGCCCCAGGCCUGAGGAAGCGAGGCCGGCGGCCUGGGCCCAGCGAAGCGGGAAGCUGUGGCGCCGAGGCCAGGGGACGCGAGGAGAGCAGGCAAAAGAGGAGAAUGGUGGCCCGAGCGCCUGGGAGAGAAGAGGUGGAAAGUGACAAGUCGGCCAAGGAAAAAAGAAAAGUUACUGACGCCUCAAGUGAUGAUCCACAGCCAGGGAUUGACCUGGUAAGAAAGGAAUCAUUAACCAGUUCGGAAUCUUUCCAAACAGUGGAGUGCAGUGAAUUCCAAAGUAUGGCUUUCUUGCAGUCUUUGGGUAAGGAGAGUUUCAUAGAAGGUAUUAAAAGAAGAAUUCAAAUUAAAAAACAUAAAAGCUUAGAGAGCCCACCUCUCAAAAUAACUGAAAAUAAGGCCACACGAAAUAUUAAGGUUGAAUUCCAAGAUGAACUGUACAAGAAUACUCCAAAAUAUUCUUGUAACAGCUUGUCGCCUGGAGUAGAAAAUAAUUCCAUUUUAAAAUUACAUGAUUGCAAUUGUUUCCCCCAUUCCAAGGGUUGUAAUGAUGAAAAUAACUUUGCAUAUAAACCUGAUGGUGGAUGUAUGCAAGUUCCAGAAAAUUCCUCCAAGUUAAAGAAAGAAAACCUUAGGAGUCUUGCAGAUAAGAGUGACACAAAUAAUAUUCCUCAGCUCUUACAAACGGAAGAAAACUUAUUGGGAGUAAAUAAGUUAUUACUUGAAGAAGCUGAUUUACACCAAAGUAAAACUAAUGGCUUGCUUUCCUGCCUUCAAAAUGAAAAAAAUAAAUACUCAGUAGGGGAGAGCCAUAUUGGGAGAAAACCCAGGAAAAGGAUGAAAGUGUCUGAAAAAGAAGAUGAAACAGUUAUUGAGAUGAACUUCUGUAAUGUGUAUAACAAAUCUGACUCAGUGUUACAAGAAAACCAAACAGGUGCUGAGGGUAAAGGAGCAGAGACUUUAGAGGCUAAAAAAAGUCCUUUAAAAGUUUUGAGGAAAGUAAACCAUAAUACACUCUCACCAAUGGAUCAUUUAUUAAGUCUUCCAGAAAUAGGAAAAAAAACAAGUCCUGAACAUCAAAAUGCUAUGUUUCAGAAAACCCUUGAGCCACUUUUGGAAGAAGAAACAAAGAACGUUUCAGAGCCCUUAGGAUUUAGAGGCAUGGAGCCAGAGGAGUAUUUUAAGUCGAUGCAAAGCUCAGUAGUGAAAUUAUCUAGUGAUUGCCAUCUUACUGAAAAGAGAUCUUCGCGGGAAGACUGGAGAACUGAAGCUGAAGAAUCGAACUUAGGCUGUCACAGAACAAUACCGAUGACUGGUAAAAGAACUUGGCCUUGUUAUUCAUGUGCUAGAAUAUCUGCCCAGUGUUGGAAAAAAUCUUCCUUGCCGGAUUCAAAUAACUUUCUUCCUGGGCCUCGGCAGAGUUUUAGGCAAGAUGAUUUUCUUAAGCACCAAACAAAUCAAACUCCCUUAAUUGAUUCUAAAAUAUCAUUACAGAGUACCAUAACAGAAACAAAUGGUGAAUCUUCAAGCAAAGAAAAAUUGAAUUCUAAUUUAAAUUGUUUGUCUUCAGUUUCUGCAGUAGAACCUACUUUAACGAUUAUAAAGGAACCUGUAUUCAGUGAUGAUAAAAAGAUGAAGUCAAAGGAACAGAGCAAAAGUGGGCCAGAGGUAGUUUCUAAUACUGCUAAUGAUACUCAGCCAACUCACGUGACUCAAAACUUAACAGGAAGUAAAAAAAAAGAUAGAGGGAAUUUAACAAAACUUAAUUUGACAGUGACUUCACCGGAUGACCAGGAAGCAAAUAACUCUACAGGCAAAAUGAUUAAUCGAAAAGCAUGCAUUGAGAAGCAAACACUUCUGGUUCCAGACUUGGUUAAAAUAUUGAACACAGGACGGCUGACUAAUUUUAAAAUUCCAUUACUUAAGAAUAAAGGAGAAAAAAGAAAAGAAAUAAAUGCCAGGUCAUCAGAGAGAGAUGUGUAUAGUCCCCUAGAGCUUCUUGACAAUUUAUCUGGAUCAGAGGUAAGACAAAAUAAGAGUAAAGAAAAUGUCUCCAUAGUAACAUAUGGACCUCAAUCUUUGAGUAUACAAAAUAGUGUAACUCCAGUGCAAGCUAAUUCUGACUCUUUCAUCUGCAAGAAUUCCUGUAGUAUUUCCACAAGCUUUUUAAAGAAAGGUAAUGAUAAUAAACCAUCUAACUACAUCUCUGAACCAAACAAUAUUAUUUCGAACAAGGAAGCUGUUUCUCUCACAGUUGAAAGAAAUACUUUUUCUUGUGAUCUUGGGUGUAUAGAGAAAAUUUGUGCCUUCUCUAAUAAACAAGAAACAUUCAAACCAGUUUUCUCUGAAGUUAGUGAUAAAGAAAUGACUAAGAACUUUUCAGAAAUUAAAAUGGAGUUUCCAGAUAUUCUUAAAGCAUAUGAAGAUGAUGUCCUUUUAAUUGAUGUCAUUCAAGAUGACCCAGAUCUCUUUGGGGUCUCCAAUGAAGGGGAGCUCUCAUUUACUUCAGAGGUCCCUAUGAUAAACCAGGAGCCCAAGGUUGCUGAAGAACACCAAUCAACUGACUCCAAGCACACGGACCUUCCAGAAAAAGAAGAACCAAGUGAUGACCUGAGAGAACUUCCUGUACUGGAUCCUGGAUUGAUGAAGUCAGAGGUCUGUGCUUCCUUGUCAGCAGCAAAUGAGAUAAAACAUGAUUCCAAAGGUGAAAACAUUUCCUUAGGGGAAAUUACUAAUGAGACCUCUGAAAAUGAAAAUCUGGGAGACUUCAGUGAACACAUAAAAAGUUCAGACUUGGAUGAAAAGUGUAGAUUUUCAGAAAAGGUGACUAAAGAAGAAAAAGAAAAUAAUUUUGAAGUUUGCAAAAGCAAAGAUUCUAAAACUUCAGAGAUUAUGGUUGGUGAAUGUCAGUUAUCAGUGGCCCCAAAACCUCUGUGCUUUUCAGUGCCACCUUUGAAUCUAAGUGCUCCUCAAGAAGACAUAUUACUGAAGCCCUGGAUGAAUGAUUUCAGAUUUCCAGGAAAACAUUCUCUCUUAAAGCUACAGAAUCCUGAAACUUGUGAAAUAUUUAAGAGGGAAAAAAAUGCAGGGGUGUUCCAGAAGCCCCUAGGGUUGAUGCUACCCCAUAGAUACUGCAAAUUUCAUUUUAAUACAUUACGUGGCUGUGAGCGAUCACAAUGCAAGUUUGCUCAUGUGCCUGAGCAAGGAGAUGAAAAGGUUUGUAUGGAUGUGUUUAGGAAAUAUAUAAGCAUCAACGAGCUGUGUUUGCUACAACGUGCAGGAGAGAGAGAGAGAGACAGCAUGCCUGCUAUGAAAAUAUUACUAAAAAUAUUUGAGCAUGUGGCAACUAUGAAAUUAAGGAAUGCCGUACCCGCUUUAAUUGAUAUAUUCUGUAAGUUUGUUGAAGCUGGGAUGGUGUUUGACCUAGAACACUUUAACUAUAUCAUCAAGCUCUUACACCAACUACCGGCUUCCCAACAAGAAAUAACUGCAGUUCUGGAAAUGAAAUCCAGGUUACGGAUAAGGCAAUUUAAAAAGAACUGGAAAUGUGAUUUAGAUUCAGCAUUGAAUGAAAUACAGCAUUGUAAAGAGAAAGGUGACUGGACCAAAUUGGGAAAUUUAUACAUUAACACAAAAAUGGGCUGUGAAAACUUUGCAGACUUCCAGAGAUUUUGUGCUUGUAUUGCUGAAACACUAACAAAAGACUGUAAAGAAGAGAGACCAGGUGUUCCAUUUUGUGAAUUUGCUGAAACAGUUAGCAAAGAUCCACAAAAUAGUGAAGUAGAUAAAACUUUGCUGGGAAGAAUUGGAAUCAGUGCUAUGUACUUCUAUCACAAGCUGUUGCAGUGGGCCAAGGGAAGGAAGGUCUUAGAUAAACUAUAUGAACUGAAAAUACAUUUUACAAGUUUAAAAGGACUCACAGGGCCUGCGAAGUUAGCACCAAGAUGUCAAAUUGUGAAUAUUGCAGCAGAGAUUUUUCUAAAAAGUGGAAGCCUUGAUGGUGCUAUUUGGGUGUUGAGGGAGUCAGAAUGGAUCAUCAGCACACCACUGUGGCCUUGCGAUAGGCUGGAUGUACUCAAUCGACAUAACCUGCUCUGCACAAUUGCACAUGAAAUCUUAGCCAAGAGCCUUUACAGACAGACAUUUGAAGUUCUGCAAAAUCUACCAGGUUUUCAAAAUUCUCAAGAAACUGUGGAGGUCUCACAGUACAGCCUUCUUUUUAAUAAACUUCUAGAUGCCUGUAUUGAAAGCAAUAGUCUUGGUAUAUCAUCCUCUGUAGCAGAAUUCAUGACUUCAAAGAACAUCCCUAUUGAUUUCUCCUUUCUUAGAAGAUUAAUUACUUCUUUAGGAAGGAGCUGUUUAUGGCUCAAAGCCAGAGCCCACUACAAAAGUGCCCUUUCAUUGGGUUGCUAUCCACCAUUGGAGGGAAAUUUAUAUCGAAAACUUCUACUGAUUCCUUCUUACUUAUCUGAGAUUGAAAUGCUUUUAGCUGUUGAGAUCUUCCUGGUAUCUAAUGCUAGUAGUAUUCAGAGUCCUGGAACUUCCACACAGAUGCUGCAGAUAGUUUUGAAAAGAUGUGAAGAAAACAAAUCUCGGAGUAAGGAUGAUUAUCAAGCUGCAGUGGAAAGAUUAAUUAUGGCUGCUCGUAUAUCGGAUCCAAAGCUCUUCAUUAAGCACAUGACUGUCAAUGUUAAUAAGGAACAGGUUUAUAGUUUGGAACAUUGUUCUGCCCUGAAAUGGUUGAAAGAGAAUAUGAAGUGGGCUGGAAAGGUUUGGCUUUUCAAUAACCAUUAGUUAAUAAAGGCUUUUUUUUUUUUUUUUUAAGUUCAAGUAAUCAUUGUUGAAAAUAAGAGGCAAUAAAAGUAAAGUUAGUUUUCAUUA